UUCUCUCUCGCCAGUCGCAACACUGUGCAGCUCUCUUCCACUCGAGCUCUCUGGCCAUGGCGUUCCUCCUUAACAAAGCCACUGCGCUCUCUCAUUUUCGAUCUCAUUCUCAGAAGACGGAGGACUCUUUUUCUCUCUCGCGUCGCGGAUUCCACGUCGAGCCCGGGCCUCGCGAGAAAGCUCUCUUGGCGGACGACCCAUCUCUAAAGCGAUUCAAAUCACACAAGAGGAAUGUGUGGCGACUUAAAAGGGUUGGAGAUGUUCUCACAAUCGUUGUUGUAGCUGGCUGUUGCUAUGAAAUUUAUGUGAAAGCAGUGAUGCGAGAAGAAGCUAGGAAACAGGCAGCUGCAAAUGAGAUUGCAUAGUGAAAUGUGUGUUUCCAUGGCGCUGCUUUCUGUUUGUCCAGUAACAUCAUAAGAUCCUUAGGUUUUGCCUGUGUUGAAUAAGAAGGAUAACAUGUUAUGCCGAUUUUCUUCUACUGCAAAAAAAAAAAAUUCUGCUCAUUUGACCUUUAUCAUUUUGAGUCUAAUAAUUAUGUCCUAACUCCUAAGAAUGUCUUUAUAACCAUUUGGGUGAAAAUGGUAAUGGUAGUCCUUCAGCAAUUACUGUUUUAGCUGAAGGUGGUGCCCCAGAUGAUUAGGUCUCUGAACUCCAACUUGGGACAUUUAAAAGAAAACUGAUUGCACAGCGCUUAAUGUUUAUGUCAACUCCUUUCGCCUUAGCCCAUAUGUUCUUGACAACAUCCUUUGUAGAACAAUUCAAUUGUGCUGGAAACGCAUUUAAGUCUUCA